GUUUCUCAUAAUUACGUCCGAUUCAUAUCUUAAAAAAAAAACAGUAAGUAUAUGACAUAAUAAUUUAUUUGAAAUACGGAAAUGACACUUUAAAUAAAAUAUCAGAUGGACUGUAGGUGGUUCGUCGUUCAAACAAGGAAGAAUAUAAAUUGUAUUUAAGUAUACAACCUAAUCAUGUUUUCAUCAAAUGAUACAUCGCAUCAGUCUCAACCAGAUUAAAAAGAAUAUAACAAAAUGAAUCGUUCAACAGAGGAGAUUUUAAAUGCGUGGAACUUGGAAGAAGCCUAUAAAUACAUUGUGCAUGACGUUUUCCUUAUUAUUUAUUUCAUUGUUGGAGUAUUUGGGAAUGCGAUGGUUCUGAUUGUGUAUCAAACAAAGCUUAGGAAGGAAAGUGACAGUCGGUAUUUCAUUCCAAUUUUAGCAUUGGUGGAUCUUUUGGCAACACUUUUGAGAGUGCCAUUCGAGCUUUGGAGAACUAUACUUCCUGUCAAUUUUCAAGACAUCAAUGCGUGUCGUUAUUUAUGGUUUGCUGUUAAUAUAUUUACCUUCUCUUCAAUAUAUUUUCUUGGCAUUAUAACUUUACAGAGAUAUUUGAAAGUAUGCCGACCAUUUGGACCCCAGAUAACUCUUAGAUGGCGACGUGUAUCUCUUGUGAUUAUAUUUCUUCUAGCUGCAGGCACUGGCGCUCCAUUCGUCAUUUGGGAUGAAAUCUUAGAAGUCCCUAAUCCUGCAUUGAAUGUCACAGGAUAUAUAUGUGCAGCAGACGUGUUUGAAGUAAACGAAAACAGUGAUUCUAUCCUAGGUUUUAUAUGUUUCAUAUCUUUUGUUAUAGUAUCUGUAAUGCUGGAACUUAUAAUUUUGAAUUCCCUGAUAGCCAGGAAAAUUUUCAUUGUCAUUCGGAAUACAAACGCAAGAAGAAACUCGACGAAGGCGGCGAGAUCAAACACAUCGAAAGAAAAAUCUGGAUCAACAUUUUACGUUGCCCAGGAAGGAACAAGCAUGACCGAGGCAAAUUCGACUGAUUUUUCACUUACUAACAAUGAGCAAGAAACACGCCAAGAAAAAGUAGAGGUUCCUUUUUCAAAUUAUUCAAAAGCAAACAAGGCAACAUCUGACGAGCCAGCAUCCUCAAGAAAAUUUUCGUAUAUGUUUAUGGUUAUAAGCUUAGCAUUUAUUCUGUCAUACUUACCACAAAUAUUUUUACUUUUCUCGUUGAUCAAAGAUCGUUAUUUUUGGAUUAAAAUUAGCCAGACAGAGACCAUUGUGUUUAAAUUUAUAGAUCACAUGACUACUGUAAACAAUAUUGUCAAUCCGUAUGUUUAUGGAUUCUUUGAUCAGAAGUUUAGAGCGUCAGCAAAAACGCUGUGUCUUAAUUGAAGGGGGAUACAGUAGCCAUAAGAAGACAGUCGAAGUUUAGCGCCUCAGCAAAAACGUUGUGUCUUAUUCGAAGGGGGAUGCAGAAGCUAUAAGGGGACUCUCGAAGUUUAGAGCGUCAGCAAAACCGUUAUAUGUUAUUCGAAGGGGGAUACAGAAGCCAUAAGAAAACACUCCACUAAAUAGGCUUCCCGUUUGGUUUAAUGUUUGAACGUUCAAUCAGAAUUAAACAGAUACAUAAUUUCGGUUAAUGCUAAACUACGAAAUAAUAACUUUUGGUGCCGCCCUCUUGAUAAAUUAAACCAUUGUGGUGACGUCAGCCUAUUCAUUUACCGUGGAUUCUUUUUCUAGAAUCAACGCUCCCUAAAUCUGCCGCUGAAAUGGACUCACCAAAUUAUAUUCAAUUGUUUCCUUUGUGUGUCUUAUUUCAUUAAGUUUGAAUUUGCUAAUUUACUGAUUUCUGUUCACUAAUGGAAUUAAUUUAAAAACUUACCUUUAAUUUUUGUAAUUUGUAAAUGCCUUCUCUGGGAAUCGAACCCUUCCUUGAAAUCUGUUAUGAAUGACUGACAUCAACACAUCUACGAAACCUCUCGGCUACCAAUGGGUUACAACUUCGAUGUCUUAUUUUAUAUAUAUAAAUGAACAUCGGACACACAGGGGUUGUACAUUUAUAUAUACACAAUGGGCAGUCGUAUAGUAUAAGUUGGUAGCCGCGAGGUUAGCAUGCUUUAAAUCAACGAGUUAAAAGAUAGGGAUUUGUCGGUUUAGGUUCGAAUCCCUGUAUUAUCUCUGUUGUCCCAAUUCUGUUUUUUUUUUCUAAUUUUGCAUGUUAUAGUGGAUAUUUUUGUAAUAAUAGCGAGUUUUACCGUUUAUUUUUUUGAUUAUUAUUGGCUAUUUCACAUGUUUGAAACAAAAAUGAUUACAUUCUAUUUGUCAAUUUUUGUUGUAUAAAUAUAGUAUGAUUUCAUCUGUUUUACUACAUAAUUUUACAAAUGUUUGUUCGCAAUCCUAUGCGAGAAAAUCGUGAUGUGCCUAGAGUGCUAGAAAUUUUGGUAACAUACUUAUUAUAUAUACUUUAUAUAUGCUCUUUGGUCGGGUUGUUGUAUCUUUGACAAAUUCCCCAUUUCCAUUCUCAAUUUUAUUAGAAAUAAGUUCGAAUAUGUCUUAUUUUGUAAAAACAGAUAAUAUUCAGAUGCCUGAUAAUAUUAAGAUCUUUAAAGGUAGAAGUGUUAUAUUUGUAUUUUGUUUACCAAUUAAUUGUGAUCUGAGAUUUAUCAAUGCAUCGUUGGACACGAUAACAUGGUUAUUUAAAAUCACUUACAAUACCUUCUAAUUAAGAAAAGGCUUUAAUUUUGAAAAGAAAUUAACACAAUAGUUUAAGUUAUAGAUACAAUGGAUAAGCGUAGAUUCAUGAAAAACAAACCAUUCGCCCUCCGGGCUCAUGGUUUCUUUUUCAAGAAUCCACGCUUAUCCAUUGUAUCUAUAUAACUUAAACCAUUGUGGUGACGUCAGCCUAUUCAUUUACCGUGGAUUCUUUUUCUAGAAUCAACGCUUCCUAAAUCUGCCGCUGAAAUGGACUCACCAAAUUAUAUUCAAUUGUUUCCUUUGUGUGUCUAAUUUCAUUAAGUUUGAAUUUGCUAAUUUACUGAUUUCUGUUCACUAAUGGAAUUAAUUUAAAAACUUACCUUUAAUUUUUGUAAUUUGUAAAUGCCUUCUCUGGGAAUCGAACCCUUCCUUGAAAUCUGUUAUGAAUGACUGACAUCAACACAUCUACGAAACCUCUCGGCUACCAAUGGGUUACAACUUCGAUGUCUUAUUUUAUAUAUAUAAAUGAACAUCGGACACACAGGGGUUGUACAUUUAUAUAUACACAAUGGGCAGUCGUAUAGUAUAAGUUGGUAGCCGCGAGGUUAGCAUGCUUUAAAUCAACGAGUUAAAAGAUAGGGAUUUGUCGGUUUAGGUUCGAAUCCCUGUAUUAUCUCUGUUGUCCCAAUUCUGUUUUUUUUUUCUAAUUUUGCAUGUUAUAGUGGAUAUUUUUGUAAUAAUAGCGAGUUUUACCGUUUAUUUUUUUGAUUAUUAUUGGCUAUUUCACAUGUUUGAAACAAAAAUGAUUACAUUCUAUUUGUCAAUUUUUGUUGUAUAAAUAUAGUAUGAUUUCAUCUGUUUUACUACAUAAUUUUACAAAUGUUUGUUCGCAAUCCUAUGCGAGAAAAUCGUGAUGUGCCUAGAGUGCUAGAAAUUUUGGUAACAUACUUAUUAUAUAUACUUUAUAUAUGCUCUUUGGUCGGGUUGUUGUAUCUUUGACAAAUUCCCCAUUUCCAUUCUCAAUUUUAUUAGAAAUAAGUUCGAAUAUGUCUUAUUUUGUAAAAACAGAUAAUAUUCAGAUGCCUGAUAAUAUUAAGAUCUUUAAAGGUAGAAGUGUUAUAUUUGUAUUUUGUUUACCAAUUAAUUGUGAUCUGAGAUUUAUCAAUGCAUCGUUGGACACGAUAACAUGGUUAUUUAAAAUCACUUACAAUACCUUCUAAUUAAGAAAAGGCUUUAAUUUUGAAAAGAAAUUAACACAAUAGUUUAAGUUAUAGAUACAAUGGAUAAGCGUAGAUUCAUGAAAAACAAACCAUUCGCCCUCCGAGCUCAUGGUUUCUUUUUCAAGAAUCCACGCGUAUCCAUUGUAUCUAUAUAACAGAAAUGAGGGUGCAUUAUCCUGUUUUCUCUAUAAAUUAUAAUUAUAUAUUAACUAUAACAAUUAUAGGAUAGGAAAAACAACAAUAAGUAAUUGAACAAUUAUAGGCGUUUUAUUACUUAUUAUAAGUAAUAAUAAAAUAUUGGUUCAAGGUAAUUAUACUGAAAUUUAAUUUUGCACCUGGAGUUAAUUCUUUAAUUGAAUUCGUAAAAUAUGUUUUUAUGUUUCAUAAUGUAUGUUUCAAGAAGAAUAAUUUUGUUUUCCCGUUUAUCAUUUUUUUUUCUUUGUAUAAUACAUGUAUCAUGUUUAAGACUGAUCCAGUUAGUUAUGGAGUAUUUCAAGCCUUUCUUAGAAAUCUUAAGUCAUGCAAAUAGAUAGAUAAGGGGUAGGUGUACACAGAAGAUCAUCCGUUAUAUAAAAUGCCUAACAAUGCCUAACUAUUAUAUAUAUACUUCUUUGCAAACAAACACGGAGUUUUCCUUUCGACAACUGUUUCUGCUAUGACAUCUUAUUGCCCCCAUUUUCAUAAUUUGAUAACUUGAUACGUUCUGUAAUUUAUCUAACAGUUUUAGUUUCUUACAAAGUGGAAAACAUGGAUUUGAUAUUAUAUAUGAUUAUAUAGGUGUAUGUCGGAUUAUAUUUUGUACAUAUAUAUAUUUAUGUUGAUUUACACAUGUCACUAUAAUAAACAAUUUACUUACUUA